AUGUGGGACAAUCAGAAUGUGGCCAAGAAGAAGACACAGGAGAUGCCAGCUAUCAACAAAGCUUAUGACAGAGCCAACCCCACGUCCCCUCCUGCCGGUUCCCAACCCCACGUCCCCCUCCUGCCGGUUCCCAACCCCACGCCCCCUCCUGCCGGUUCCCAACCCCACGUCCCCCUCCUGCCGGUUCCCAACCCCACGUCCCCCUCCUGCCGGUUCCCAACCCCACGCCCCUCCUGCCGGUUCCCAACCCCACGUCCCCUCCUGCCGGUUCCCAACCCCACGUCCCUCCUGCCGGUUCCCAACCCCACGUCCUCCUGCCGGUUCCCAACCCCACGUCCCCUCCUGCCGGUUCCCAACCCCAUCCCCCUCCUGCCGGUUCCCAACCCCACGUCCACCUGCCGGUACCCCACCCCAAGUCCACCUGCCGGUUCCAAACCCCAAGUGCCCCUGCUGGUACCCCUGCCGGUACCCAACCACACCCCAAGUCCACCUGCCGGUACAACCCCACGUCCCCUGCCGGUACCCAACCCCACCCUAAGUCCCUGCCGUCCACCUGCCGGUUCCAACCCCAAGUCCACCUGCCAGUUCCAAACCCCAAGUCCACCUGCCAGUUCCAAACCCCAAGUGCCCCCUGAUACCCCCUGCCGGUACCUAACCACACCCCAAGUCCACCUGCCGCUACCCCACCCCAAGUGCCCUGCCGGUACCCAACCCAAGUCCCUCCUGCCGGUAGCCAACCAAGUCCACUGCCGGUACCCCACGUCCCCCCUCUGCCGUACCCCACCCCAAGUCCCCCUGCCGGUAGCCAACCCCACCUCCUCCUGCCGGUACCCCAACCCUGCCGGGUACCCAACCCACUCCCCUGCCGGUACCCCAACCCCACCCCUCCGGUACCAGAAGAUCUACAGGAGGGAGAUAUUUACCCCUCCCCAACCCCCCACCAGCACCAUGGCCGAGCCGGGUCAGCAGGAUACAGAAAAGCCAAGAAGACGUUGA